CUGAGCGCCUUUUGCCCCCAACAUUCUAAAGCUUGUUGUGGUUGUUAAGUACUGUACUGUAGGCUACAGCUUGUUCCUUCAGUCCGCGGUGGUAAAUAAGCACUGCCAUCACACAUUCCCAUGCACCUUAUGGUCAAAUAGGUGUAGUGUCAUUUGAAUAAACACUAGCCUACCAAAUAUUUACAUUUCACAUUUUAAUUUUAUUCUAUAGCCAAAGUUGUUUUUACACAAGCCCUCUUGUUUUAGCCAUCUCACAUGUUUCCACCACGUUUUAUUAUCAGAUCUUAUAUUUUCCUCCUGUUUAAGCCAUCUCACAUGUUUCCCCCACUUUUUAUUAUCAGAUCUUAUAUUUUCCUAUUGGAAAAAGGUAUAAAUAAAUGAAUUGAUUCAUUAAUUGUUAAUUUUGACAGAAAAUUACUUAUCUGAAAUGAUAUACAGUUUGUGGCAUGAAAUAGCGACACCUGGUGAAUUAAAGCAGCAUUGCUGCAUUGGCUGGGAUAUUUCCUGGGCCACUCAAGCUACUCCUCUUCUGAACUACAUCAUCCUACCGCUGUGGAAGAUCGUCUCCCAUGAACUGCCAGUUCCCUGCCAGCUACGUCGAGAUUCUUAUGAAAGCACUAUAUAAAAUACAUCUAUAGUGUUAUUAGGUGUUCACAGUAAAGCUCUGAAACCUGUUGUUGUUCUUGUAUACUUUUUUCCCAUUAUGGUAAAAUAUUUCAAACAUAGAUUGGUAACUUUUUACUAAUUUGGCACACAGAAACUAGAAGUGGUUAGUUAUAAGCAGUCUCACUUAAACCCUCAUAUCCGAUGCCCAGUUUGACCUACAGACUUGAAACUUUGUAUGUGGGUGUCUUUCCUCAUCCUGAACAAAUUUGCCUCAAGGACCCUUAAGGAUAGAUUUUUCUCCACCUUGGAAAGUUUGGAAAACCUUUAAAAAAUGUAUUUUCAUAAGCAAUAACAACACCAAAUGUGGUAUGCUGGCCCAUGGUACGUAUCUUAACUUAGUUUGAGAAAGCUAAGGGACUGGUUAAGAGAGGGUUGAGUUAUAGAUAAAUCAGGAAAUCAGAUUUUACAUGUCCAUUUAAAUCCUUUGUACCCCUAAUAAUAGAUGUAUUUUAUACAGCGCUUACAUGCGCUUAUAAACUGGAAAUGGUCAGAAAAGACAUUACCAUGAUGAACCAUGUUAACUUUAGUGUUGAUAUCUUAAAAAGUAAGGAAACUAGUAAUACACCAAAAAAAUACUAUGUAACUCAAAGAAAAUAUUCUCUUGGACUAAAAGUCAGAUUCACUCCAAUUGUGGUAUUUGGACUCCUCAUAAUAGUCCCUAAAAAGUUUGAGAAAAUAACGUUGAUGUAUUCAAAGCUGGCCACACUAUAGCAGUAGAUGGGGUCCCGAGUGGCGCAGCGGUCUAAGGCACUACAGCUCAGCGCUAGAGGCAUCACUACAGACCCUGGUUCGAUUCCAGGCUGUAUCACAACGGGACGUGAUUGGGAUUAGGUAGGCCGUCAUUGUAAAUAAAGUUUUUUUUUCUUUAACUGACUUGCCGAAUUUAAUAAAGGUUAAGUAAAACAAAAUAAAAAGGAUGCAUAUUAGCACAUACAGUAAUAUGCUAAAAUAUGCAGAAAAAAGACUUCCAAAAUCUUCUUCUCAUGAACCAUAGGACAAAAUGACACCCAAAUGUGGAAUGGAGGCCCAUGGCACAUGUCUUACCCUAGUUUGAAAAGGCUAAGCUAAGUGAUUAGUCAAAAGAUGGCUUGAGUUAUUGACAAAUCCAAAAUCAGAUUUUAUGUGUCCAUUUAAACCACUGUAAAUCCACUUCCACAGUGGCAGGAUAGUUCCUGCAUGAUAAAGUGCUUGCUUUGUUAUCCAGCUGAUCUUGUGUCCUUUCUAUCAUCAUGUGAACCCCGUUCAUUGCUUCUCGCAGCUAUAUUUAUUAUUGUUAUCAUCAUCAUAGGGCAUGUGUAGAAAAACAUUGAAUAAAUACAUACAUACAUGUAUUCUAAUAUCAUAUUCCUGAGUAACAAUUGCAUUUCACAUCAGUGUUUACAGGUGCCGAUUCUGCCUGUACACUCAAAACAAAUUAGUUUUGUGUAAAUCCAAAUAGAAAAUAUGAAAGUGGCAGCCUAUGUAUAGGCUAUGCUUGUGUAAGGAAGUGGCUCAGAUAGGUCACAGCCUUUGGAGUUUUAGGCCACGUACAAACUUCAUGACUAAUUGACAACCGACACUGUUGUGUGGACAUCUUGAUGUAUAGGUCUUCUUUGUGUCUGUGAGCUGAUGAGACAUACCUCACUAUUCACGAGGGAACUGGAAUGUAGAUCCUUAUCAGAAUAACCAGACAGGAAGGCUCCUUCUACACAUUCCAAGCUCUGAUUCUCAGAUAUCACAUUGUGUUGGAGUUAUUACAGAUGCUUUACCUAGAUUAUGUCUUAUCAAUCUAUGCCUUGUUACACAUCACAUCACACCUACCCACUCACAUACAUGACAAACCUCUCUGUUAUGUAAGGUAUUAUUGUCCAAAAAGAUUGAUCUUUCAUCAUCAGCUAACUGGUUGAGAGGCACCACAGUCAGUCUGUGGGACUGACACAUGGUGUUGCUAUCACUUUAGCCUUGUCAUGGCUUGCCCCUGUCAUACCUGAGUUUUAUGGUGUUUGGUGGGGGAGUUGGGGGCUCAAGUGAGCGUGAGUCAUACUCCCAAGACAAACCACAGCGAUAUGCCAGGGAACAGCCGCUCCACACAGGCCUCCAUAUGCAUGCAGCAUCAGCGCCGUGACAGGAUGAUUGAUGAGGAGGUGUGUCAUAAGAAUGCAGGCGGAGCAUCAGGGAUGUUUCAAAUUCUACAUCCCAAACUCACCUCAGUUAAUGACUAUGUGGGCUUCUCUAAACCAGAGACUUUUUAUUUUUCUCCUCGUGCUGCUACCAUUUAGCAGAAGAAGAGUGAGGAAGAGGGGACAGCGCUUUAGCAAUCUUCUGGAGACCUGGGGGAUUGAGGUCCCCCAGGAGAGAGUAGCUAUGGAGGGCCAGUGGGAAGGAGGUGAAUCUGGAGAUUCCCUCAUGCUUUCAGGGGCCACUUUCAUGUCUACAUCUAACGUGGGGACACUGAUGCGGUCUGAUACAGAGGAUUCUGGGGUGGAGAUCUGUUCUGAGGCUUCUCUCCCCUCCUCUCCUCCCUCUGUGUCCAUGAGUAAUACAGAUUUUGAUCCUAUAGUCAGUGACGAGGAUGGAUUCCCCUCUACCUCUCCUCCAUGCUCUCCUGUCUUCUCUCUGCCAUCUUCCUGCUCCUCUUCCUCCCUGUCCCUCUGCCCCAGGGCUCAGCGGCACAGGGAGCUGGCUGGGGUCAUGCACCUAAAAUUGGAGCAGGCACUGAGGAGGGCAGACUCUGGAGACAGAGACGCUGUGCCCCGACAGCGGUGUCACACGGCUUCACUACCAUCACCUCACUCAGUGACCCAUAUACAGAGUGCAGGUCACAGGUCAGGGAAUACUGGUCUGAGGAGGACAGUCAGCCAGUCAGUAGUGGAAGAACAGGCCUCAACGGCUCUGCUGCAGCACAGAGGAGGGCUCUGCCCACAUCACAAGACACUGCCUGCUCAGACAGACACAGAGAUCAGGGAGAAGGAUGUGUGUGAGGAGGAGUAUGAGGGGCUCACCCCUGGGCUGGGCUACCUGGAGCAGGUAUGCCGGAUGCUGGAGGAGAUCGCCAGGCUACAGCUUCGUAACCAAGGGUUACAGGUGGAGAUGGAUGCUCUCCGGGAGCAGCAGGGGAACCAGAAUUCAGAACGCAACCAGUGUGACUUCCAGGCUUCUGAGGAAGGCAGCCCCUCUGCCAAUGAAAGACUUGAAGUCAAAGAUUAUGAGGACUUACCCUACCAAUCAUCUCAUAGCAAUAGUAAUGUGCAUCAGCAUUUUCGACUUAGGUCUACAUCGGACACAAUACUCACGAUGGGACAUCUAAAGAAGGGGAAGGAAGAGUCUGGAAGGAGGUACCAGACUAUAGAGAAUCUACUUGAGCAUUCCGAGGAUGAUGAAAAGCAGGAGAAAGAAGAAGCAGGAAAGAAAGCACAGGGAAGUAGGACAAGAACCUGGAAGCUGAAGAUUGGCUCUCUGAGGAGGGAGACCACAGAGAAAACCAGCCAACAGAUGAAUUCAUCCGUGAAGAAAGCUAGCGGGCGUUGGUUGGGACAGCUGUUCAGGAGCAGGAAAGCUGUGCCAGAAUGAGAAGAGCAGAAUGUUCCAACAUUACAGUCAUUGGUAACAUUCCUCCUCUAAGACUUGGAGAAUGAGGACACAUAAUGUAGCACUUUUUACACAAAGCUGUGGAUGAAUAGGACUCAAAUAUAUUUACAAAAAAUCUGCUAUAAUUGUGACAUUGGAAAGCAGUUUCACCCUCCUUCAUGGUUGGGUAGAACCAAUAGUCAUUUCACCUUUCCUAUCAGCCUCUUCAGAAUAAUAAGAAGCCUCCCACAUGAUGAGAAGACAAGCUAGUUGGAAACUACUGUUGAGUUACAUCCGUUUCAUAAUGUGUUAGUCAUCUCAUUAGUCAUCUCAUUAUAUGGAUAUUGACAUGUGUAUUUAUUGUCUAAUUCUUAGUAGUUAAAUAGGAAUUUUAAUGUGAUCUCAGUGAUCAUUGUCCCACAAUAUGUUUUAAAGAUACCAAACAGCAAGGAGUAUUUCUGUCUGCCCCUGCACAGUUGUGAAAUCCAUAGGUUCAGGCCUAUUGAAUUUAUUUUAAUUCCUUCUAUGAACUGUAACUCAGUAAAAUCUUUUAAAUUGUUGCAUGUUGCAUUUAUAUUUUUGUUCAGUAUAAAUCAAGCAAUUUUUUAUGCUCUAUCUCAGAAUUUUGAAAAACAGUAAAUGCACUGAAGCAUAAAAAUGUAUCUUCUUCCCUGCCUAAUCAAGUCCUGUCUGACUCUGGUAUUAUAACUGAGAAGAAUGGGAUAAGUGAUGCUUUUAAUCAUCAUUUUAUCUCAGCAGGCUUUUUACUUGAGAAAAAUGGUGGUUUAAUUGACCCUGGUCAGUCAAUAGACUGCUCUUCACUUUGCCAGCCUCUCGCUGACUCGACAGUUAACCCGUCAACUUGUAGUUAAUCUUUGUUUUCAUUUAAACAAUUUACUACCUGUGAUGGGAUAGAUGCCUUGCUUAUGAUUGAUGUAAAUAAAAAUACACUGUGACUGA